AUGGCAGAGAGACUGCUGAUAGGAGCGCUGAAGAGUGGUAAAAACACUAAGAUCGUUACUUUGAAUGGGAAGAAGAUGACAAAGAUGCCCUCAACAUUAGGAAAACUGCCUCGCCUGAAGACUUUAGACCUUCAAAAUAACCUCAUCCCCAAAGUGUGUCCAGAGAUAAGUGCCUUGACACAGUUGACAGUACUCAAUUUGGGAAAUAAUCUUUUAGAAGAAGUUCCAGAAGAGAUGAAAUACCUCACUUCCCUGAAGACCCUUCAUUUAUUUGGAAACAGGAUUUGCAGAAUUGCACCUGGAGCAUGUGAUGGUUUACAAAACUUGAUCCUGCUUAAUCUGAACAAUAAUCAGCUUACAGAGCUUCCUCAAGAAGUCAACAGAUUAAAAAGUCUAACAUGUUUGAAUAUAAAUUAUAAUCAGCUAACCAGCAUUCCUAGAGAACUUUGUUUCCUUGAAGAUCUUUCUGAACUUCAUCUUAACUACAAUCAGCUCAUUUGCAUACCUGAAGAGAUUAAAUUCUUGAAGAAGCUGCAGAAGUUAUUUUUGGUCAGGAACAAUAUUGAGGUUUUGCCAGAGGGAAUUUGUGAUCUUAAAAAACUAAGAAUCCUAGACAUAGCUGGAAAUAUUAUUCAGAUAUUUCCACCAAGAUUUCAGGAUCUGAAGCUGAGGGAAUUCUACUGUGAAGAAAAUCCACUCAUCCUGAUGCAGCCAUUUGCAGCUAAACACCAGGAGAACAUUUGGAGUCUAAAGGAAAUAACAUCAAGAUUUGUCCUGAAUCAGCUAGCUGAGGAGAAUCCUUUUCUAAUGAAUGCCAUAGAACACUAUCCAGAGGUCAGGAGCAUAAUCUCUGGGGGAAAAAACUGUGCAAUAUGUGGAAAAUUCUUUUUAACCGUAUGGCUGGAAUGUGUUCAGUUUGUUCCUCCAUCAAAGAACUGGAAGAUAAGCAAAAAUCUACAGCUGGUACCUCUCCGAAUAUUACUUUGCUCAUACAAAUGUUUUAACCAGCGUGACCCUAACCUCUUUGGAAUUUCUCAAGAGUAGAAUGGGCAGGAAGCUCCUUCAG